AGAUUUGGCUGAAAGAAGUCAACAAAAGCUUUCGGAGUCCAGGCCGGGUUUUCAAAAGCAUUAAGACGGAAGUAAAGGCGGGCCGGAAGUUCCAGGGCCCGCACAGGGACCGAAAGUGGGGAGCGGGGGGAGAAGGCAGGCUCGGGGUAGGAAUGGCGGCUCAAAUUCCAAUUGUGGCUACCACGUCCACUCCGGGGAUAGCCCGGAACAGCAAGAAGAGGCCGGCCAGUCCUUCCCACAACGGCAGCGGCGCCGGGGGCUACAGCGCCAGUAAGAAGAAAAAGGUGUCCGCCUCUGGCUUUGCGCAGGGUAUCAGCGUGGACGGCGUGAGCGAGAAUAAAAUGGUGCCCUCUGAUUUUAGCACAGGACCUCUUGAAAAAGCUGCCAAACCUUUGCCAUUUAAGGACCCCAACUUUGUGCACUCUGGCCAUGGUGGUGCCUCGGCUGGCAAGAAGAAUAGAACCUGGAAGAACCUGAAACAAAUUCUGGCUUCUGAAAGGGCAUUGCCAUGGCAACUGAACGAUCCUAACUACUUCAGUAUCGAUGCUCCUCCAUCCUUUAAACCAGCUAAGAAGUAUUCUGACGUCUCAGGUCUUCUUGCCAACUACACUGACCCCCAGAGCAAGCUGCGCUUCAGCACCAUCGAAGAGUUUUCCUACAUUCGGCGGCUGCCGUCCGACGUGGUCACCGGCUACCUGGCCCUGAGGAAGGCCACGAGCAUCGUUCCCUGAGCCCGGAGAAGCGGAGAUGCAGUGGAAAACUGUUUCCAAGGCAGACUUUGGACUCAAGAUUUUGUUUUAUAGAAACAAACUCAUUCUGCUGUCAAUCUGGAAAUGUCAGUGUUGUGCCUUGGAAAGAAUGUUUGGCUUUAAUUUAAGGAGGUUUUUUUUUUUUUUUCUGUUUUCCCUCCAAGUGUGAUAUUUCCUGUUGAAUUAAAUUAUACUUCAGUUGUU